AUGGAAGAAGACUCAGCAAGCGGUGCUGAGACACCACAGAAUAGUGGAGGGACUGCUUCAUUAGCUCCUGUGUUCGAACCUAUAUUAUUACAAGAAUAUCUGGACAAACUUUUGCCUCUGUUACUCGGGGCAGAAGAGAAAGAACUUGACGCUUUAUGGCCUAUUGACGAAAAUGUAAAACUGUUACGAAAGUUUGCAAAUGAUACGUCAGUAGACGCUAUUUAUUUAUCAAAGAUACUGGAUGAUCCGUCCAUUCCUUCUCACAAGUAUACGUUGAGUCAAGAAAUAUCAUAUGGCCCAAACUAUGUUGCUUCUAUUGCCUUAAUAAAAGAAGUGCCAUCACUCGAUCCUGCCC